AGAAGAGGAGCGAAAGGAAGCCCGGCUGAAGCUUGAAAGCUGCGGAGUAGCGAAGGAUCGCAAGGCUCGGCCAAUAGAGCCGGGGUCAUGGAGGCUCCGCUUCAGCGAGAAUCCCCACGUCGUGUGUCAGAGACGCCGUCCUCCUCUCCGGGGCCGCCGCCCCCUCCGCCCCCGCCUUCCAACCUGCCGCCGGGCAAGCAGCAACGGGAAGAGAAAAGAGCGGCGCUGAGUAAAGUAGUUAUUCGCCGGCUUCCUCCUAACUUUACUAAGGAGCAGCUAGAAGAACAACUCCAUCCACUUCCAGCUCAUGAUUAUUUUGAAUUUUGUUCCUCUGAUCCCAGUCUGUAUCCCCACCUCUACUCAAGAGCGUAUAUUAAUUUUAGGAAUCCCGAUGACAUCCUUCUUUUUAGAGAUCGCUUUGAUGGCUAUGUCUUCAUUGACAAUAAAGGUUUGGAAUAUCCUGCUGUUGUUGAAUUUGCACCAUUCCAAAAGAUUUCUAAAAAGAAACUAAAGAAAAAAGAUGCAAAAUCUGGAAGCAUAGAAGAUGAUCCAGAAUAUAGAAAAUUUUUAGAAAGUUAUUGUGCUGAAGAAGAAAAAAUAUGUGCCAACCCUGAAACACUUCUGGGAGAAAUCGAAGCAAAAACAAGAGAACUCAUUGCUAGAAGAACCACCCCACUUUUGGAAUAUAUUAAAAAUAGAAAAUUAGAAAAACAGAGAAUUCGAGAAGAGAAAAGGGAAGAAAGAAGGAGAAGAGAAUCAGAAAAAAAACGGCUAAGAGAAGAUGAGAAACGGAAACGCCGAGAGGAAGAAAGACGCAAAAGAAAAGAAGCUGAGAAACAAAAGAAAAUUGCUGAAAAAGAAAUAAGGAUUAAGCUUCUUAAGAAACCUGAAAAGGGAGAUGAACAGACUACAGAAAAGCACAGAGAAAAAGAAAAAGGUGAUAUUGAAGACAACAAAUGGGAGAAAUCACCAGGACAUGGGAGUUUAAAAUCCAAGCCAUUGGAAGUUCCUCUAAAGGAACUUAAGGAAAAAUCACAAAAUGACAGUGAUAAAGAACAAAGAGAUUCAGAGAGAAGAUUUCGUGAAAAAGAACCUGAGAGACAAAGGUAUCGGUUGGAAGAUGGCCGAAAGCAUAGAACUCACUAUGAAUUUGACAAAUAUGUGAGACGGAAUGAAGAUGAACCGAAGUGGGAGAAAGGGUACAACCAAGACCGAGGAAAGAAAGUGAACUACAACUACAGCUUCACUGUGGACACAGUAGACAAACUGGGAUCGCCCAGCCAUGCAGCUGUACCAACCAGGAAUUCGCAUUCGAACACAUAUGGGACCUACAAGUAGGUUCUAUGACUGUGGUGAAAAAACUUCUCAAGAAGUUUAUGACAGAAGGUAUGAGGCAGACAACUCAGCUGGUGGUAGUUCUGAGAAGAGUGAAGAUGUAGAAUAAAAUGGACAUUCAGCUUUAAGAUUUAGUUCCCUACAGAGAAUUGAAUGUUCUUAGAACUUGGCCAUCAUUGCCAAGAAAAUUCUAGUAGGCAAUCUCAUUCCUUUUUAAAGUUUUCUGUACGGAGUUAUGAUACAUCACAUAAAGUAAAUAUGAAUGUGAUUUUUUUUAAAAAAAGGAAAGGAUUUGUUAGCCUUGGAAUCAAAUUAAAGCUGGUUCUCUUCUUUUUCCAUGUAUGAGAAUAGUAUGCUGUCAGCAUAUUUGGAAAAAAUAUGAGUUCAGAAUGUCUAUAGAUACAUACAUGGUCAUUGUAUGUAUAUGUGCUAGGAUUAAUUUCAUGCACAUCACUAACUUCUGCCUCAUUCAAAUGUGCAUCUCUUUGCAUAAUCGAAGUUGUUUUCUUAUAUACACAAAGGGUAUUUUGAUUUGAGACAUAGGGAUGUGAUUUUGAGGCAAUAUAGCUGAAAAUUAUGCUAGAUUUUAGAAGGUAGAGUUUGGAAGUUCAGUAACCCCAAACAUAUUUUAAAUUGCUGUGUUUUGUAUAAAACUUUUGAGAAAUUGCUACAUCUGCUAAACAAAAGGAAUAUUUAAGAUAUUUAUUUCCAGACAUUUUCACUGAAACGUAUUUACUAUCGUCUACAAAUUACAUUAACUAUACACUCACAGUCCCAAAGGUGCUUUUCAAAUGUCUCCAUAGACAUUUUCACACUCCCAGGUUUGUAUGUACAUACAAAAAAGUGUUGUACAAAAUAUAAGUAUAUUUAUAUCUGUGGGUGAGAGAAAGAAAUUACAGUAUCUUAGAUUUGGUUCUGUCAGUAGUUUUGUCUCAAUAUGUAAUAAUUACAGCAACUGCAACUUUUGAUAUGAAUCAUCAAUAUGUUUAUAAUUAAUGCAAUGUUUGCAUCAUUAUCGUAGAACAGUGCUUAAUCUGCUAUAGGAUCAUGGUUAAAAGAUACGUUUACAGAAAGAGGUUGAUGAAGGUAGUUUGCAAGGACAUAAUGGCACAACAUUCAUGUGAUUCAAAGAGCUGCUUAAGGCUUAUUUCUUUCAGGACCUUCAUCCCUGCCCUACAACCUCAUACAUCCACCAAGAG